AUGGAAUCAAAAAAUAAGAACAGAAUACACCACGAAGAAGACAGUCAGUGCCUCGCAGGGGAGCCAGCCUGUGGACUGGGUAAAAGAUGAGAGUCGGGCUCCUGGCCGCGGGCUCCAAUGCGGGUGGCCAGCUCGGCAUCGGUACGCGCGACGACGCCCAUACGCUCCAGCCGUGCCGCUUUGCCGCCACGCCGGGGAAGAAGAGGGAGGCGGCGGCGGCGGCGGCGGCGAGUGGCAGCAGAAGCAGCAGUGGCCAAGACGACGAGGGAGAGGGCACCGGUCGGGUCUUGGAUCUGUCCAGCGGGGCAAACCACACGGUCUGCAUCAUCGAGAGCAGCAGCAGCAGCGAGAGGACAAAGCGCCAGCUUUGGGCGUGUGGGUCCGACGACGCUGGCCAGCUGGGCGGUCUCCUCGCUGCAGGGGCCGAUCCCACGCAGUUUCAGCCGCUCACUCUGCCCCAAGGCGAUCAUAGUAAAGGUAACGGCGACGGCGACGGCGGCGGUGACAAUGCGGUGGAGCAGUGGGCGAAGAUGGUGCGGUGCGGCUGGGAGUGCACAUUCAUCGUGCUGGGCAGCGCAACGACGGGCGACUCCCUCGUCGUCCUGGGCCGCAACAACGACUUUGGCGUGCUGGGCACGGCCGCGCCGGGGUCGUCGUUGUCCUCGAGCACAUCUCAAGCACGCAUCGAUCUCGGCCCGGCGAUUGGGCAUCGUGGAGCCGUGCACGUCUCGGCAAUGGCGGUGGGGCUGCAGCACUGCCUCGUCGUGUGCUCGUUGGCAAGCGAGAAUAGCACGGGACAGGAGCACGCCCUCGUUGGAUGGGGCAUGCGGCGUCACGGACAGCUCGGGCCGCGCGCGGCUCUGGAGAGCAGGGAGUCGAAGGUGGCUUGGACGGCGCCCACGUGCUUGGCCAGGUGGUCUUCCCCGUCAUCCUCCAAGAAAGUGGACGAGGAAGAGGGCGCACCCAUGCUGGCCGCUGGCAGUCGGCACUCGGUCCUCGCCGUCCCGAGCGACUGGACAGAGCAGUCUCCGAGCCUGAGGCUGUCAGACUCCACUACCACAACUACACCCCUGGUCGAGCGUGUCGUGGGCACCAGCAAAGUAUAUGCAUUCGGAGAUAAUUCCAAGGGUCAGCUCGACAUCUUCCGAUCGCACUCCCUCGACGUCGAUCUCAACAUCGCCGCGUCCCUCGUCGGCCUGCACUGCACGUGGUUCGGCACCUUCUGCCACAUCCGGCAACGGCAGCACGACGGGGACGUCGCCACCUCCAUCGUGGCCUCUGGCAAAAACACGAGUGGCCAGCUCGGCAGGGGGCUCGAUCAAGAUGGCGGUGGCGACGCCGAUGGCAGACAGCAACAGGUGCGCCUGCCCCAGGGUGUCCAGCUCGAGACAAUGGCAUGUGGCAGCGAGCACUGCCUGGCCAUCUGCAGCAGCAACGGCAGAGAGCAGGACGAGUCGACGGUCUUGGGCUGGGGCUGGAACGAGCACGGGAACCUGGCACAGGCCAACCAGGACGACUGCCCCACGCCCGUACCCAUACACCCCGAUCCACCAAACGAGAAACAGCACAGACCAAUCGGCAUCUGGGCUGGCUGUGCGACGACGUUUGUCGAGACUGGACAGGAGCAAAAGGAGGAGUGGAGCCGGUAAAGAUAUCAGAUUAGUUGGUAGCUUGCUUCUUUGAGAAGCGUCUCAGUAUGCAUGUGUAGCGUCUAGUACAGUACAUGA